AAUCCUUACAUCAAAAAAUAAAAAACCUCGCUCUUCAUUCUUCUUGUUCGACCCGUCCGUACAUUUAGCCCGUAUAGGAUCUGACCCGGUUCUCAUGGGUCCGGUGGUGCUGACUCAGCUGGCGACGGGUCUUAGCGUGUUGGCCGGUGUGGCGUUGGUUAAGUCGGUUAUGGACCAGAAACCGAUGACCGGUCCCGAUUUAGGCGGUCCGUCGCCGCGUUGCCCGACCUGCAACGGCACGGGCAGUGUCACGUGUCUUUGCUCACGGUGGUCCGAUGGAGACGUUGGAUGCCGGACCUGUGCCGGGUCGGGUCGGAUGGGUUGCAGCAGCUGUGGAGGAUCCGGUACGGGUCGGGCCAUCCGAGUCCGGUUAUCGGUACAACGGUCAAACCGGGUUUCGUGAACGGGUCCGUUGAUGGUUGGUGUAGAGGCAGAUUAUGAAACUAGUAAAACUGUAAUUAUGAGAUAUAGCAUGCAAUUAAUUAUCUGCUUGUUAUAAGAAUUCAUGUAUAAAUUGCAUGUGAUUCGAAAUAUUUAAUUUUCUGCU